AUGGACGAGCCCACGCCAACCGAUUCCGCGAUUGCCUUUGCACGCAGGACCUGGGCAGACGUACUGACUUCCAGGCUCAACGGCUUGGCAAAGGAUCAGCGCCAGGCGUUCCUCCGGCGCCGGCAGAGCAUCAACGCUUCGCCCAGGUCCACAAAUCGGGCAUGUUCGGCUUCACCCCGGUCAGCCAGCGUGGGCGGCCGGCGUGACGACGAAGAGGUGAGCACCCGCCACAUUGUGGACUUGGCGGCCCUGUACAAGCUGAUCACACGCGAUCUCAGGACCUUCAGCCAUGCCUCUCGCCUGCUGAAGCGUGCUGAGGGCACGGCGCUAGGCGUGCAGCUGAGUGUGCCCACACUCGACGCGCUGCGGCUCCGCUUUGCCGAGCUGGCCCCUGGCCACGCGCACCUCGGGGUCCCAGAUCCUGCUGACAGUGCCGCCACGGCCCGGCUGGAGCCGUCUCUGCGUGGUUUCAACCUCGAGGAGGCGGGGCCUCGCCUCGAAGCACGGCGCCGGCGCUUGGCCACGCAGCUUCUGGGUACGGCCUAUCCUGCGGAGCUCCAGAUUUUCGCACGCUUCGGUGUUCCGCCCAGCAUGCGUCGCGAGGUCUGGAGUUCCAUCAUGGGAGUCACCGAGUCGACUGGCACUGCAGCGCUGCAGACUGGCGGUUCCCGACGGCAGGAAGCUGCCAAAGGAAUCAACGAGUGGGAGUGGCUCACAGAUGACGUGCUGCGGCUUGAUGUGUCGGAACACUGCGCCAACGACGUUUCCUACUUCCCUUUCGAUGAGAUCGCCGAGGCUCUCGUGCUGGCGCUCAGUAGAGACCCGCAGAUCUCAUCCAUGUGCGAGAGCGGGCCACCGCAAGUACCAAUCGUGAUCCCUGCACCGGACUCCGCGGAUGCGACUGUGUCCAACGAAGUUUCGGAAGGCACGUUGACUGUCCCUCCCUCCGGCGUAGUGCCUUUCAAGGGUUUCUCCAACUACGCGUGCCCGUUUGCCUUCUUGGCAGACCGCCUGGAGACGGCCUACCCCUUGUUCCGGGCCUUUUACUGUCGAGUCCUUUGCAACUUGCACACAAUCUCGAAUCGGCCGGAGACGCUCUUGCAUCUCUGUGCCCUUUUCGAGUCACUUGCUGAAGCAACUGCCCCACGUGCGGCGCAGCACGUGAAGCAGUUGGCUGUGGACUCGGCGCCCUUGCGUUUUGCUUUCCACUGGAUAGUGACGGGCUUUGCGGGGUGCCUCCCCGCAGAGCAGCUGCUGCACCUUUGGGACCGUCUACUGGGUUUCGACUCCCCCGUCUUGGUGCCGAUCCUCGCGGCCGCCAUCUUCGCCUUCCGCGCCCGGCUCGUUCUCGGCGCCCGGCGUCUGGAGGAAGUGCAACUGCUUUUUGCAGACAUCUCGUGCAUCAAAGUUGUGCCACUGCUGCAGGCCUUCCUCUUCGGCGACGAGCUCGGUUCCGGUGCAGUGCUCGCCGCGCGGUGA